UAAAAGCCGGCCUAGGGCAUUGCCAACCGAGUCAGUCCCGCCGUGGAAUCAGUCGAGCACGGACUCAAAGGGAUCGGUAUACAGUUCGCUAAGAUGCGUGCCACAGUGUUUCUUUUACUAAGCAUUUUGGCCUUGACUUACUGGGAGAAGACCACGGCUCAUGUGGUGCCCUUGCCAGUGAUUUCAUCUGGGACCCUUUUACUAUCUCCUCCUGGACCUGUUGUCUUGCUGGUGCAACCACCUCCACCGCCACCACCAGAGGAUGAUGGCUUAUACAAGCCGCCUGCAAGCGGUGAAGAUGGCUUGUGGAAACCACAACCUGGACUGGAGGGAGAGUACACCGAGCCUCAGUUGAGCCAGGAUGGCAGUGGCAGUGUCAGUAGCGAUGGAAGUGGUUCUGAAGCUGCGCUGAGCUCCGACGCCGCAGGAUCUGUGGAUGCCCAACCUGCACCAGCUGCUCCGGCUGCUCCAGCAGCUCCGGCAGAACCUGGAGUUGCUGGAGGAGCAGGCGAGGCCGGAAAGGCGGGACAGGCUGGAGGUGUCCUCGGCGGAGCGGGAGGAGCAGGCGGAGCUGGAGGUGGUGGCAGUGCCGGCGGCGGAGGCGGUGGCGGAGGUGGUGGCGGCGGAGGAACACUCACUUCAGGUCAGAGUGGCGAUAGUGGCCAACCUGGAGCACCGAGUCCGGCGGGACCUCAACCCGAUGGUGAGGAUGGAGCCGAUGGAGCUGAUGGACCCGACGGUCCGGAUGGUUCGAAGGGCGGAAAGGGUGGAAAGGGCGGCAAGGGAGCACGUAAUGGAGCGGGAGGUGGAGGAGGCGCUGGAGGAGCUGCUCCCCAACCGCCACCAGCUGCGAUUUCCAACCCAGCCGUAUUGGUUCCCGCUCCCGUGUGGCAAGUUCAAGAAACCAGUUGAAUAUGAUUCGCUUUGUGUAGAUGUCCACCGUUUUGCCAAUUACCCCUUCCCCAUUUUGUUAGCCCUCUAAGUAAGUUUUAAAACUAGUCAAUGUUUUUGGAGCUCACUUUUACCCUAAGCUAAAGCAAGCGAAUAUUAAAAUUCGAUUACCCUAUA